AUGAUGGAAAGCCAAGUGCAAGCACAUAUAGGAGGAGUUAUGAUGGCAAGCCGACCCCUGGCCAAUCCAGCCGUCCAUCUUUCCAAGGUCGGUAAAUGGGAAGACGACAUAUUUGGCCCGGGAGAUGGCUCAGUGGUUCAAAUGCGCGCUGAGUCAAACGUCUCAAUGGCUAUCAUAUACUCAGCGCAUAUGAUUCGGUUGACAGCAAGUAAUGGCAACCUACUGUCCGCAACCUUUGCCAAGAAAAACCGCCGACAGCUACAACAAAGUGUUAAAAGGUCGAUGGUCGCCAAUGUCCUGAAAAGUAUGAGGCAUAGAAAAAUGUGA